AUGCUAGAUGAGGAUUUCGGCAAUACCAGAGAUUAUGAGAAAUAUCUGGAGCAAGAGAUUGUUGUUGUGCUACGGGAUGGAAGAUAUCUAUAUGGCAUAAUGAAGUCUUUUGAUCAAUUUAAUAGUAUAACAUUGGACAGGGUCAUAGAAAGGAUAUUCCAUGACGAAAAAUAUGCAGAGAGGAAACAUGAGCUAUUUAUAAUAAGAGGAGAAAAUAUCACGAUGAUAGGCUUAGGCCCUUCAGAUAUAGGAAGAGGGUUGGUACAGGUAGACUUCUUAGUUCUCAGAAACGAAAUUCUAAGCUCGCAGCUUCAACCUAGCUGA